CUUGAAUUUACGAGAAACAUGUGAAGGCACCAGCAGAGCUGUUAGUUGUUUUAUUUUUCAAAAUGACGGACCCGACAACUUCACCAGAGGAUCACUGGAAAACAGACGGGGCGUUCAGCGACAGUGGCUUUGACCCUAGUUUCUUUGCAGAAACGCCCAGAAAGGGUUCAGUUGUGUCCCGUGCCAACAGCAUCGGCUCGACAAGCGCCUCUUCAGUACCAAAUACAGAUGAUGAAGACAGUGACUACAGACAUGAGACGUCCUACAAGGACUCGUAUAAAGAUCGACGGAGACAAGCGCACACACAGGCUGAGCAGAAGCGCAGGGAUGCUAUCAAGAAAGGCUACGAGGACCUCCAGUUCAUAGUACCCACCUGCCAGCAGCAGUCUGAAUUUGCAGUGGGAGCACAGAAGAUCAGCAAGGCAACUGUGCUACAGAAAACAAUCGACUAUAUCCAUUUUCUUCAUAAAGAAAAGAAAAAGCAAGAGGAGGAAGUUUCUGUGCUACGGAAAGAAGUGAUGGCGCUGAAAAUCAUGAAAACGAACUAUGAGCACAUAGUGAAGGCCCACCAGAACAACCCACAGCAGGGAGAGGAUCAGGUGUCUGACCAGGUCAAGUUCAACAUCUUUCAGAGCAUCAUGGACUCCCUGUUCCAGUCUUUCAGCAAUUCUGUUUCAGUGAGCAGUUUCAAAGAACUGUCCGCCUGCGUUUUCAGCUGGAUUGAGGAGCACUGCGAGCCACAGACGCUGAGGGAGUUUGUCGUUGGAGUGCUCCGGCAGCUCAAUGGUCAGCUUUAUUGAUUGAAACCUUUUGGACUUAACUCCCAGAAAAUGGACUGUGGGCUUGUUCUGGCCUCUCAGCGUGGAGUAAAAACUUCAACCAGCCUCAGGCCACACCACAGUAUUUCCACUCACUUCAGCCCAUCAGUGACUCCAUGGCUGCAAUUGGAUUACCUCAACCUCAAAGUACAGCAGAGAUGAGCAGUUGUAAGUUUUUAAGGAUCCCUUUCUGAUUUAUAAUGUACAUACGUAGAUAGCUGUGUAUAUUUCUGCUGACUGUUCAUAUUUCUUACUAUUGUUCUGCUAAGAAAUUAUAGAUACUUUAUCUAAAUGCAAGGGAACCACAGGUUUUUAAAAAAAUGAAUGUAUAUGUUAAAUGCGUGAGUUAAGACGAGACAGUGCAUCGAUCGUCACCGUGUGAAGUAACUGGAGUUGCACUUAAAUAAAUCAGAACCAAGACUCCUUACGAGUCGAGUUUAUUGAUCGUAAUGCUUCUGCAAUCUGUCAAUCAAACUAAUGGAAAAGAGAGAGAAGGGUGAUGAAAAAUGUAAGAAACGUGUGAGCUGCUCCCCGCUGUGACUACAUGUAUUUGCAGCCAGAUCCUGAUAUGAAGCUUCAGUGCCGUCCCACUCCUGACCCGUCCCACAUGUUGUUAAACACUAACUACUGCAGUCACUGUCAUUUCUGUGCAAUCAGGAAUAUGCACUAUAUCGCAUUUUAUUAGGUUUAAGAAUACUAUCUCUUCUACUUUUCAUUGUGACGAUAUGUUUUCAUUAAUGCAUCUGACAAAGAUGCUGAACUCUUGGGAGACACUUGUGCAUCGUAGGCAGUAUUAUUUAUGAAGAUUGACAAUAAGCUUUGUUGCCUUUGAUUCUGUUUAACUAGUUAUUCAGUUGCUGUUAUAAAUGUUGUGUGUUUUGGGAGAUACAUUUAAAUACAGUGUUGAUUUUUGAUGAACAUUUCAGAUUGCAAUCUACUGUAGUUUACAAUAAGUAUUUGUUUAAUUAAAUUAUGUAAAAUGUCCUCCCUUGAAAUGUCUUAAGUUUUAAUGUCACGUGACAAAUGCUAUUUUACUUUGGUUAUCAGUUCAUUACAAAUCAAAUGUGCUGAUCCUUUUUGAAAACCAUCACCUGUCACAGGUUCCUGGUGGGAGAAUUACAAAAAGAUUUCAUAAACAUGUAAAGCUAUUUUCAUGAUGGCUUUGAUAUAUUUCUACACAUUAUCUGAAGUAAGAUCUUAUACAUGUUGCUUUUCUGUUCAAUAGCAAAUUGUCGUUUUACCGUUGUUGCUUUAAAUCACAGGGAAGUGUACAGUUUGA